AUUGAAAAGCAUGCCAGGCAUUGGACAGACGCUGAUAUACUUGUCUUUAACACUUACCUUUGGUGGAGACGACCUAAAAUGGAAGUCUUGUGGGGUUCAUUCAACAAAUCCGAUGGAAUCUACAAAAAAAUAGAUAUGUUACGUAGUUAUGAAAUGGCUCUAAGGACAUGGUCUGACUGGUUGGAAAUUCAUGUUAACCGGACUAAAACUCAAUUAUUUUUCAUGAGCAUGUCACCUACUCAUGAGAGAGCAGAAGAAUGGGGCAAAUCCAAAGGAGGAAAUUGUUAUACUGAAGCAGAAGCAAUAUUCAAAGAGGGAUACCGGGGAAGUGGAACAGAUCCCAAGAUGAUGCAAAUAGUUGAAGUCACAAUUAAUGAACUUCUAAAAAGAGGCUUAAAGGUACAAAUAAUGAACAUAACACAGCUCUCGGAGUACAGAAAAGACGGACACCCUUCAAUUUAUAGGAAACAAUGGGAACCUUUGACGGAAGAACAAAUAUCUAAUCCCCUUAGUUAUGCAGAUUGUAUACAUUGGUGUCUCCCUGGAGUUCCUGAUGUUUGGAAUCAUCUUAUGUAUGCUUAUAUUCUUAACUAUGGACCAACUUGAGUUGAUGAUCAUAUGUUGGUUCAACUUUAAAAUGUAAAGUUUGUCGUACAUAUUUCCCUGACUAGGGUAUGCUUGUUAUGUACACCACAACAAGGUUGCACAUAUUUUAACUGUA